AUGGCGAUGGACGAGGGCAACAGCGGGUUUUCCAACCUGUCUAUAAACUGCACCAAGCUAUCCGAUAACGAACAUGUGGAGCUGAUCAGACGAAGUCAAAUUGCUGUUCCAAUUAUAUUUGGAUUAAUUCUGAUUUUUGGCAUCAUCGGGAAUGGCUCGGUUGUCUGGAUUGUUUUGAAAAGCAAACAAAUGAGGACAAUUCCUAAUAUCUACAUUGUGUCUUUGGCCCUUGGAGACUUGUUACUUAUUCUUAUCGCAGUACCGUUUUCUGUCUUUAUUUACAUGUUUGACGAGUGGUACUUCGGUGUGACUUUGUGCAAAGUGAACUUCUUCAUGGAGUCAUUUUCCCUGGGUACUUCAGUGUUCACACUGACCUUACUUAGCAUCGACCGUUACUUGGCAAUCUCAUAUCCCAUGCAGAAAAGAUCAGGUGCUUCUGUAAAGAAAACUGUUUGUCGAGCGUCGUCCGUUUGGGCGAUUAGUUCGUGUCUAGCCAUACCGGAUGUCUUAUCUUCAGGGGUCAUACGGAGCCCAUGUGUCACAUAUUGCGACCCGUAUAAAGUGAACUGGGGAGAGUGGUACACCAAGUUCCAUGUCACAUACCGCUUUGUGAUAUAUUUUGCCAUACCCAUUCUUAUCAUCGGAGUGUGUUACUGUUCAAUGGCAAAAGCCCUUUUAUGUAACGAUUCCGGGAUUUUGGUGGAAGUAACAAUUAACAGGCAAAGUGUUUCGAGAACACACGCUAGCAGAACACAAGUUGCCAAAUUGGUCCUCUCCUUUGUCGUGGUGUUUGCAGUGUGCUGGCUGCCCCGUCAUUUAUUUCUCCUGUCGGGCAUUAGCCCAGAGUCAUUUGCUCAGUCGGACAUUAGCCCAGAGUCAUUUGCCCAGGCGGAUAUUAGCCCAGAGUCAUUUGCCCAGGCGGAUAUUAGCCCAGAGUCAUUGGCCCAGGCGGAUAUUAGCCCAGAGUCAUCUGCCCAGGCGGACAUUAGCCCAGAGUCAUUGGCCCAGGCGGAUAUUAGCCCAGAGCCAUUUGCCCAGGCGGACAUUAGCGAGAGUAAUUUGUCCAGUCGAACAUUAGCCCAAGGCCAUUUACUCAGGUGA